UAUAAGUAAAAUAUACUAAAAUUAUAAAAACUAUACACAGAGUAAAGUUUUCUUAAAAUAAAAAAACUAAAUAAACUGAAAUCAAAUUAAAAAUAUUUGAUAAUUACUAAUUUCUAAAGUAAUUUCCUAAAAUUUAAAUAAUCAAUUACCAAUUAUAAAAAAUAUGGCUGCAAAACGAAAAGCAUCUGUUCUAUUACAUAAGGAAUCAGUUCCAACUCCAGUACCAGAUCCAUUACCAUUACCAGAUCCAAAUGCUGAAGAUGCAUAUGCUGGUUUUAUGAAAGAUGCUGAUAAAUUAAAAUUAAUGUUAUUAGCAUGGAAUUAUCAAAAUUCAAAUGCAAUACGUAAUGGUACAGCAUCAACAAAUGGUGUAGGUGCUGGUGGUGGUGGUGGCGGCGGUGGCGGUGGUAAUGAUCCACCAACAGCACCCGAUUUAAAUAUGGUCAGUGGUUUAUGGCAACAAUAUCAAAAUGCAUUAGCAUUAAAUGCUAAACAACCAUCUGUAUCACCAGUACAUCGAAAUGAUACAACAGUUGAAUCACCAUCUGUUGAACAACAAAAUUGUCAAGAUGAAACAAAUUCAUCUGGUCAAAAAGAUGAAGAUGAUAAUAGUGAAGAUGAUUCAGAUGAUAAACUUGAUCAAAAUGCUCAUGAUCCAGAACGUUUAAAAGCAUUUAAUAUGUUUGUACGUUUAUUUGUUGAUGAAAAUUUGGAUCGUAUGAUACCAAUAUCAAAACAACCAAAAGAAAAAAUUCAAGCUAUUAUUGAUUCAUGUGCAAGACAAUUUCCAGAAUUUAGUGAACGUUCACGUAAACGUAUUCGAACCUAUUUAAAAUCAUGUCGUCGUAAUAAAAAAGCACGUGAAGGUUGGGAUAAUACAUCACGUCCGACACCAGCACAUUUAACAUCAGUACAAGCUGAACAAAUUUUAGCAUUAGCUUGUGAAAAUGAAAGUAUGAAUGCAAAAAGAAUGCGUGUCGGUUUGGAUCCAAUAAGUCAAUCAUUACCAAUUAAUGGUAGUAAUAAUAAUACAAUUGUUGAUACAGUAGCACCAUCAACAAAUUAUACAACAUCUGGUGGAUUUCGUGGUACACCAACAUCAACAUCAACAACAGUUGCAUUAACAAAUAAUAAUAACAAUAAUAGUAACAAUAAUAAUAAUAACAACAGUAAUAAUAAUAAUAAUAUUAAUAAUAAUGUUACAAAUAAUAUUGGUAAUAUGAAUGGAACAAAUGAUACAGAUAUAACUAUGAUACCAAUUCAAACAAAUGGUAAUCCAACAUUAAAUAAUAUUAAUUCAGCAAGAAGUUCACCUUUAGCAUUAAAUACAACAUCAUCAUCAAAUGUAUUAGAUAUUAAAAAUUUGACAACAUUACAAAAUGGUACGAAUCUUACAAAUAAUAAUAACAAUAAUAAUAACAACAAUAAUCUAUUAACAACAAAUAAUAAUAUUAAUGUAAAUCAACAAAGUUCAAGUCCAUUAUAUAGACCAACUGAAUUUACAUCACCAAAUACAACAAAUACACCCGGAAUAGGUUUAAAUUCAUCACCACAAUUUCCUAAUAUUGGUGGUGUUGGCGGUGUUAAUGGUGUAUCACCUGCAAAUUUAGUUGUCAAUUCAAAAGCACCAGGUUCUUAUCCAUCAUUCUUUCCAAAUGUUGGAAAUAAUAAUAAUAAUAAUGCUACACCAACAGACCUGUCAAUGAAACCAUCUCAACAACAAUCUAGUCUAACAUCACCACAACAAAAUUCAAAUAUUCUUGGUGGUCAACAAAGUCCAUCACGACCUCCAAUUGUUACACAUAAAUUGAGUGCCAAUGAAAUAACAGCAGCGAGACAAGUUAUUACAGCAUAUAGAGAAAGUGCAGCAUUUCUACUACGUACAGCUGAUCAAGUUGAACAACUUUUAAUGCAACAACAGUAAAUUAAUUUUUUUUUUUUUGAUGAAAUCUGAAAAAAAUUAAUAAAAAUAAAUUUGAAAAAGCAGGAUAAAUUCUUAUAAAGAAUUAGAAUGAAAUACAAAGAAAUUAUUAAAACUUUCAUAAUAUAAUAAUUAUAUAUGUACAUAAUAUAGUUCGGGUAUUUUCAAUAUAAACACAAUAUUUAUAAAAAAAUCUUACAAGUUUUGUUUAAAAAACUUUUUAUAUUCUUUAUAAUUUUCUCUGUUAUCAUUAAUUCUAUUCUGAACUCUGACAAAAUCUCAUGCGGAACUCCUUGUAGUUUGCAUGUCAGCAAUAAGAUACGCGAUUAUUUAAAUUUAAUAUUAACCCUAGAAGGUAAACCGUGAAAAUAACACAAUGUUAAAAUGACCUUUAAAAACAACAAGUAAAAUUUUAAUUUAUUGUAUUGGAAAUAUCCUUUAUAUGUUUAUAUCAGUACGUAACAUGUUUUUAUAUAUAAAUAUAUACGAAUUAAUAUUUUAUUCAUAUUUAUAAAUUAUGUAUGUAAAUGUAUAGUCAUUCAAAUUACACUACUAUUAUAAUUAAAUUAUUGUAAAUUUUUAACAUUUAAAAUUUUAUUAAUUUUUUUCAUUAUAUACAAAUAUAGCUAUAUAUAUAUACAUAUAAUUAUAGUAAAAGAAAAACC